UGUGGGGUCACGAAAAAUGGUGCUGUCCCAGAAAGAAAAGGAGGCGGCUAAAAUGGGCCUGCAAAUUUUUACACAUCAUAAGACUGAAGGACCCCAAGAAACAACAACAACAACAGAGAGUGCAGCCAAACAGGAAACUGAAGACAGACGCGAAAGUAAAAAGAAAAAGAAAGAGAAAAAGAGCAAAAAGGCAAAAAAGGAGAAGAAGAAGAAAAGAAAAAGACAGGAUUCGUCCUCUUCAGAGUCCGACGACGACUGCAAAAGACAGAGAAAGGACCACCACCAUCAUCAUAAUCCAUCAUACCGCAGUCAGAGUGGAGCCAGACCCCAUGACAGCCAUUCAAGGGGGGGUGCAAAGGCCGAGCGGCCGCCUUCCCACCCCCAUCGUCGACAUAAGCGCCACGACACAGACUCUUCUGAUGGGGGGUCCCCUGCUCGCAGUCACCCCGCCAUGCACAAGAAGGCCCCCGCUGAUGCCGCACAAAGCCACAGGCGGCGCCACGACACGGACUCGGACGACUAAUGUCCCACCCCCCUCCAACCAAUUCACGGAUGUGUAAUGUGUACCAGCCGCGAGAGCCGGGCGGACCUCGGAUGGAGACGAGUCGGCGUGACAGAUGUUAGCCUCAUGUUGAAAUGAAGCGGAAGCUGCCGUCUGUUCUCCUUUAACCUUUGAUUUAAAUAAAACUGCUAACAAACAUC